CCGCUUCUGAGCCCAACGGUUCUUUAGCCAUACGCAACCACACUUCCACCAUGACCACUAUUUUUCAUCUCUCCAACGAGAUCAGAGCUCUAAUAGCUGCAGAGCUUCCGAAAGAGGAUUUACUCCGAUUCCGACAAAAAACGCUCACCGGGAUAUCAGAGCAUCGCAUUCUCAGUCCGUAUAUCGAUACGCUGGAAAUCUGCGUCGACCAUCUCCUUCCUCUCCAUGAACUUCGGCUCAUAGAGCCUGCUGUCAACCCAAUCGAGGAGUUCAGAAAGAGGGGCUUACUUGACGAGGGCGUAGCUGUCGAAGACAGCGACAUACCAGGUAGUGAUCGCCUUAGUCGGCUUGAUGAAAAGGCAUAUCGCAAGUACUUGGAGGACCAAGAGCAACUGAUCCGUACCGGGCAUGAUAUUGCAUGCCUAUCACAAGCUAUGUCGCGCCUGGUCAACUGCAAGAGGACCAAUAUUACCGAUGUUAUGCGGCCUUAG